AUGUCAGUGUACCGGGUUGCCGGUCUUCCGACGACGGUUUCGGGCGACGACGCAAAACAUAUUCUCGACGAGUUUUUCGGCUUGGACGCGGACACAAAAAUCCGGGCUCUUGGUCUGCAUCCGCAAAGGCCAUCGGUCGUUGCCAUUGUGAUGUUCUCCGCCACUCCAGAGUUCUUACACGGCAUGGGUCCUUGGAGGCUCGAUAAUGCGAUCACAUACGGUAGCCAGCUGCAGCACAUCCGACUCGAGAUCGACACAGCUUUUCUCGGUUUCACGCCACUGAACAUCGCGGGCAGCACGGAGGAAAACGGGAUCGACUGUUUCGUCGUCAGUGGUCUCAGCAGCCAUCCAUUUGGCUCUUGGAAGGAACGAGGCGGCCAAUUUAUGUGGUUGGUGGACGAUCAAGACGCAUAUCCAGCGAAUAUUCGCAUGCUUCUUUACGGCUACGACACGUCGCUUGUGGCAAGCAAGUCUUUUCAGGACAUUUCUGACAUUGGCGAGAGACUCGCCAUCUCGAUUAAGAGUAUGCGGAAGCCAGAGCGCAAUAAGUCUCAGGUUAGGCCGCGUCCUAUCGUGUUUAUUGCGCACAGUUUAGGUGGACUUAUUGUCAAGGAAGCUAUUUGUCAUAUGGCCACGAACGACAUUUUCAAUGCGAAAUGUGUAUAUGGGCUCGUUUUCUUUGGGGUUCCGCACCAUGGCCUCCUCGUCGAGCCUUGGCUCCGCAUGGUCAACAAACAGGCCAAUGCGGCACUCGUCGAGAGCCUCCAGCCUGGUUCCCGCAUCCUACAACGCCUGGACAAACAUUUUAGGCGUGCCUUUUCGUUCCCAGGUCUAAAGGUGAUUUCCGUGUACGAAACGCUACAGAGCCGGACCGUCCAGGAGAGAGCCCCAGGAGUUUGGGAUCGGUCUGGUGAGAGCCAAGUGCUCGUAAACACAACCUCUGCGGUGGGCUCGUGGCCAGACUGCGUUUUUCACACGAAAAUUCCCGUGAACCAGACCCAUGAAGACUUGCCUAAAUUUAAAGGCGCCUUCGACCAAGAUUAUCUGCUGCUGAUGGACUACCUGGGAGACAUGUGGAGCAGUGCAGCUACAUUCGUGCAAACACGAGUCAGCACUGCCUCUGAGCUAGAUAACAACACGUCGCCACAUCUCACCGAUGAGGCCAUAGGGGCAAUGAAAAGAGCUAAGCCGCCACCCAUUGGUUUGUUUACUCUAUGGCCCAAUCCAGAUACACAGGAUGUCAAGAAGUUCCAGACGGACUUUGACGUGAUCGCGAUCCAUGGCCUUUGCGGACAUGCUUUCAAUACGUGGAUGGAAGGCGACAAACUUUGGCUUCGAGAUUUUCUACCAUGGGAGAUGCCAAAGGCCAGAGUCUUGACGUUUGGCUACGAUACUGAGCAGGUGCUUAUAAGUCCGACUUCUAAUAUCCGCGGCUCUGCCGAACAGCUGCUGAAAGGCAUCCGUCGGUUACGUCAAAAACACGACGAAAAGGCAGGGCGUAAAGCCAUCUAUGUGUGCCACGGUCUGGGCGGGAUCGUGCUCAAACAAGCACUCGUCUUGGCCCACGAGGGCACAACGUUGUACGACGGGAUCAGCGAAUCGGUUGCGGGCAUCAUAUUCCUCGGCACGCCGCAUCAAGGCCCAGAGAAAACGUUUUGGUCUGAUUACCUGAAAAAAUUAGCUCACAUCUACAAGCCACCACGCAACUCGGUGGAAAGCCUCGAGAUCAAAUCUGUGGAGCUCGGAAACGCUUGUUUGCGGUUUGGCGAUUGUAUGAUGGGCUUGCAGAUAUUCAGCCUCUACGAACAAAACGUGGAGGAAUCACUAGAAUCUUUGGUGGUGGAUAAGUCCUCUGCCAUUCUUCACCUGCCUAACGAGACCCCUCUUUCCCUGAAUGCGGACCAUCGUGGCAUGUGUCGGUUUCUCACCAGCUCUAGCAGCAACUACCUGACCGUCUACAAUUGUAUCUCGGAACUCAUCGACGCGCCAUCAAGUGACGCCGGACAGACGUAUUUCGACCGUUCCGAGCGAGAGUUUAUGUCUAAACUUGGGGCAAUUGACGAAGGAAAGGUUCUCGACCUGAUACCGUCGCACUGGGGACAGUCUGCUAGAUGGUUUCUUGACGACACGGAGUUUGAGUCCUGGACAAGGCUUCGAGGGCGUCAAGUUCUCUGGCUACACGGACCUCCCGGUUCGGGUAAGACGGUGCUUAUGCGGACUGCAAUUUCGCACCUCAAGGUUCAGAGCGACAUAUCGGACAGUUCCAUCAUUCGAAAGCCACUCCAUUUUUUCUUUGACGACAAAGACUUAAGGCGAAAAACGACCUCUGCGUUUGUCAGAUCUAUUCUUAAUCAGAUCCUCCGUGACAGUCGGACUGCGUUCUUGGUCAGGUAUCUGGAAGGCCGUGACGGAAAGAAAGAUGCAGCCAAUGAGGAAAAUCUGUGGAUAUGUCUCGAGAUCAUCAUCCGUCGGUCACGAGGCAUUGUGUUCCAGCUGGUUGUCGACGCUGUAGACGAAGUGCUCCGCAGUGAUUCCGACGCAUCCAUCACCGUCAUCGACAGACUCGAGCAUCUCAUGGCUCUGGAUUCUAGCGGGCGGCUCAGAAUCAUGAUUUCUCACCGGAAGAGGCCGUCAUACGAGUUCCCAAACGCCGAUGUCGCCGUGCUUGACGCGAACAACAACUAUACACAGAACAAUGUGUGGGACUACAUUCAGGCCCACGUGCGAAAGUCUCUCGCGAGGUCCUACAUUUCUCCCGAUGUUGCAGAGACGAUUGAGCACAAGAUCAUGGAGGUUUCCAGCGGCAAUUUCCUCCAUGCCAAGCUGGCUUGGGAGCAGUUCUCCAGAGGCGUCAGCCGAUGGUCACGUGAGCUAAUUCAGGACGGCCUGUUGCGACUAGACAGAGCCUCGCACGACCUCGUCGUUGUUUACUGCCGUCUGCUGAGAGCCAUUCCCAGCUCGCAACGAAACAAGGCCAAAGCGUCGUUUGCCAUUCUCCGCGUGAGCCGACAGAGGCUCACGUCCCGGCAGCUGGCAUUCUUCGCGACCGUCUACAGCCAGAUCCUGGAUGAUCGGCCGCUUCAUCUGCGUGAGCUGGAGCUACAAAGUGCGGACUUUGAAAACUAUUUGUCCGAAUCUUGUGGCUACAUGAUCAGAAAAGCCGAGGAUGGCACUGUCGAUUUUUCACACGUGUCUGCAAAGGAUCUGCUCACAUGCAGCGUGGAUGAGCUGUCACCAGAAGACCAGGAGACCAUCGCAAGCUACUCGGUUUCGGACCCGGAUGCUCACAGCCUGCUGCAGAGACUGUGUGUGUCUGUGCUCAAAUUGGAAGACCGAGAUGACAAGUCGUGGGAUGAACUGUUGGACGCCGUAGCCAAGGCGGAGGAUGAUAUGAAGAACAUGUAUGGCUACUUCGGAACAGACGAGCGCAUACGCCGAAUGCUUUUCUACAUUGAGUCAUUCAUCCGGUCGACCGGACGAACACCUUGCUUUCUCUAUGCCGUCCAGUUCUGGGUCACACAUUACCAAGGCACAAUGCCCAGCCGUAGCAACGAUUGUCUUCUGGCUAAAUUCUUACCCACCAAAACGGCCAUCAGCUGCCACAUUCUCUGGGCGGCCAUCCAGCCGGAAAGCGCGGCCGCAUAUCUGGGCACGUACCAAGACGUGCACUCUGUGCGUGGCAGCACGUCGGCCUCUUUGGCUCUGUUUCAGAUUAUGACUCGAGGUGACUGUCCGGGAAUUGUCAAGGCCUUGCUUGCAGACGGCGCCGACAUCAACGCUUUCGGCCCUGGCCGAGACUUUAUCACGCCGUUGUCGUGGGCUAUUAUCUGCCGACGACGAGAGUCGUUUCGGCUACUCCUGCGAGACGAGAACGUCAGCAUCAACUACGGCAACUCACAGGAGCGAAAAGCCCUGCACUAUGCAGCCCGCUGCUCUGAAGACGUCUAUUUCACCCAGUCGCUGGUCGAGCAUCCCCAUGUUAACGUCAACAUUAUGGGCGGUCCUCUUGGCUCGCCGUUGCAUCAAGCAUUGCACUCACACAACAUAGCCGCAGUCCAAGUCUUUCUUGACCACCGCGAUAUUGCGAUUGACAUCAAAAACAACGAGGGUAAAACGCCGUAUUCCAUGGCAUAUGAGAACGUGAUUUGGCAGUCCAUUCUGGAAAAGAUGAUCAGUAUGGCCUCGGAAAGGGUUCUGACCGCGACGACCAGCUCUGGAACGAGCCCAUUUCUCACAGCCGGCUCUCACGGUUGGACGCGCAUCGAAGAAGCCAUCCUCAGGGCAUACCCCAAGCAGCUUCUGCAGGUCGACCCACACACUAAGAUGAACGCUCUGGCAACGUACGCGUUCUUCGGCCGCAGAGAGAAGCUGCUGUGGAUUUUGGAGAGGCUCCCGCCUGAAACAAAGCUGCGCCAUGAGGGCGAGGAGUACGACCUGCUUCACCUCUGCGCCCAUCAGAACUGGGAAGACGUGGUCCACUGGCUGCAGACAGAGUACGGCCUGCUCUCCCUCCCCCAAGACCACACCGGGAGGACGCUGCUGCACUGGGCCCUGGAGCACAACUGGGAUGCCAGCCGCCUGAGCCUGAGUGACUACAGCUCUGCAGAGCUCAAUGCCCAGGACCAUGACGGUCUGACGGCUGUACACAUUGCUGUCGCAAAUCGCAACAUGGCCGCCUUGGAGAUGCUGGUGGCGUCUGGGGCCAGCUACAUGUUGCGGGCCAAGAACGGCAUGUCGCCAGUCCAUCUGGCGGCCGAGCAGGGCUACCGAGCUGCCCUGGAGUUCUUCAUCGAGAUGCCGGAGCGCGAGUUUGGCCGGACAAACACGGGAGCCGGCCUUCUGCACCUGUUGGCCCUCUGGUUUGACGGUAUGAUAGUCAGCCGGUUUGUACGCUUUAAGCGAGCCCGGCUGGAUGUCGUCGACAAACAGCGACGCACUGCGCUGCACUAUGCCGCCAUGGUCAACAACAGCGCUGCGGCCGAGCGUCUGGUCGCCUUGGGCAAAGGCCGUGGCGGCAGCCAGUUGGAAUCACGUGACUCCAGCGGAAUGACGCCGCUGCUUGAGGCUAUUCGCAGCGGCGCCAUCGAGACAGCCGAGCAGCUCCUCCAGCUGGGCGCCAAUGCCCGCGCGGCCGACGCAUUUGGCCAGACCUGCCUCCAUCUGAGCUUCCGGUAUGGCCACGGUGGCCUUGUCGCGCGCUUCCUGGCCAUGAAGCUUGACAUCCACGGCAUCGACCGGUUCGGUAUGACGCCGCUGCACCGAGCCUGCAGCACCGGCCGAGUCGAGCAUAUCCGCGAUCUGCGCCGGCGCGGCGCCCGGUGGAAUCCUAAGAACAUCUAUGGUCGAUCGCCCAUUGACCUGGCCGUCGAGUUCGGAAACGUUGACGCUGUGGCCGCCAUGGUCCGCUGGCUGCAGAACCGAGGCGCCAGCCUGGACCAGACACAACAUCGGCUUCGCAACGCUCUCAAACUGGCGUGCGAGUUGGAGUUUAAGAACAUGGAAGACUUGCUUGUACGCGCUGGAGCAGAGAUAGACCGGCGCAAGAUCAAGGUCAAACGUCUGUACAUGUCUGGACCCACACCGGAACCAGGCCGUUGGGCACUUGUCAUUCCUCAGAUGUAG